AUGUCUAGAGAAGCCUCCUCAGAGCUUUCCGCCCACGAAGCAUUAGAUGAGGUCAACCAAGCGCCCACUGCUGUAUCCAAAAGCAAUGAAUCGUCUCAGCCAGUCCAUAAUGUUUUGAACACCUGUCAAACAGAUAGCGAAUCUAUUCCGCCUGAGAGCGUCAAAUCUGCCGGGGGCAUUGAACAACCAGAAGCUCCAAAACCGGUUGAAACCAUGCAUAGUACAAGUGCAUCGGCCUCAGAGCAUCCGCUAAGCGCUUCAGUCGCGGCUUCUGAACCUGCAGGCCUGGAGGCGGCCCCAGUGAAGCCAGAUGGCCUUGAUGGGGCACCGGAAUCUACCAAUGGUGCGCCCGAGGCAUCCCCGAGUGCCAAGCCCGUAGCGGAGCAACCCAAGCCCGCCGAUUCAGCCAUUGAUACCGUCGCCCAAGACCCCAAGACUGGCGAGAAACGCGAGCUUGAGGUCACCGAAACACCAUCGGUUGAGAAGCAAGCCUCAGCACUGGUCGAGCCAACUGUGGAACAAGGGAAAGAGCAUGACAGCAAGAAGCAAAAGACCGAACACGCGCCUAGCAGCGCGACCAACGGUACGUCUGCCGCCACAGAUAGCGUUGAAGCGCAGGAGGUGCCAAAGGAAAGCAGUCCAUCCAAGAAGGAAAAAGUCAAGGAAGCUGUAAAGAAAAUUUUACCAACUGAUGGACCCGGCACCCGAACCCGUAGCCGAACGAAAGACUCUUGA